AUGCUUUUCGCACGAUCAUUGACGCAUAGCGUUGGUGCCUCGGCUGCACGCGCUUCGUCUUCAAAGACAAUGAUGGCAACCCGUACAUUCCAUGCAUCUGCCAUAACCAGUAGAAUCGUUGCCUCUCAACCUCUUCGUGCAAAAGAAGCACCAGCACCUCUCAAUGCCGCAAAGGGAUACCCCGUUAUCGAUCACGAAUUCGAUGCAAUCGUCGUUGGUGCAGGUGGUUCAGGUCUUCGUGCCGCUUUCGGUUUGGCAGAAGCUGGUUUGAAUACCGCUUGUAUCACAAAGCUUUUCCCAACACGUAGUCACACAGUCGCAGCUCAAGGUGGUAUCAAUGCCGCUUUGGCAAACAUGACAGAAGAUGAUUGGCGUUGGCACAUGUACGAUACCGUCAAAGGUUCCGAUUGGUUAGGUGAUCAAGACGCUAUUCACUACAUGUGUCGUGAAGCACCAAACACUGUUAUCGAAUUGGAACAUUACGGUUUACCUUUCUCUCGUACAAAGGAAGGAAAGAUUUACCAACGCGCUUUCGGUGGUCAAUCACUAAACUACGGAAAAGGUGGUCAAGCUUAUCGUUGCUGCGCCGCCGCUGAUCGUACCGGACAUGCCAUGUUACACACACUUUACGGUCAAUCCCUUCGUCACAACACACAAUUCUUCAUCGAGUACUUCGCUUUGGACUUGAUCAUGGAAGACGGUGAAUGCGUCGGUGUGAUCGCGCUCAACAUGGAAGACGGUACCAUCCAUCGUUUCCGCUCUCACAAGACCGUCCUUGCCACUGGUGGUUACGGAAAGGCCUACUUCUCUGCUACAUCUGCUCACACAUGCACAGGUGACGGUAUGGCCAUGGUCUCUCGUGCUGGAUUGCCAUUGCAAGAUCUUGAAUUCGUUCAAUUCCACCCAACGGGUAUUUAUGGAGCCGGAUGCUUGAUCACCGAAGGAUCUCGUGGUGAAGGUGGUUACUUGCUCAACUCUGAAGGUGAACGUUUUAUGGAAAGAUAUGCACCAACCGCAAAAGACUUGGCUUCCCGUGAUGUUGUUUCCCGCAGUAUGACCAUCGAAAUCCGUGAAGGGCGCGGUGUUGGACCCGAAAAGGAUCACAUCUACUUGCAACUAAGCCACUUACCACCAGAAGUCUUGCAAGAACGUCUCCCAGGAAUCUCUGAGACCGCAGCUGUGUUUGCUGGCUGUGACGUCCAGCGCGAGCCCAUCCCCGUCUUGCCAACGGUUCAUUACAACAUGGGUGGUAUUCCCACAAAGUACACCGGUGAAGUUUUGCGUCAAAGCGCUGAUGGCAAAGACGAAGUUGUUCCGGGCUUGUACGCCGCUGGUGAAGCCGCAUGUGUCUCAGUGCAUGGAGCUAACAGAUUGGGUGCCAACUCCUUGUUGGACAUCGUCGUUUUCGGAAGAGCAUGUGCAAACCACAUCAAGGAGAACUUGUCACCGGGUAAACCCCAUAAACCGUUGAGCGGAGAUCAAGGCGCACAAGCCAUCAACGACAUGGACUGGCUACGUAACUCCAACGGUAGCAGGUCUGUUGCUGAUUUGCGUUUAGAGAUGCAAAAGGUCAUGCAAUCUGAUGCAGCCGUUUUCCGAACACAAGAGACUCUCGAUGAAGGUGUUGAAAAGAUUGACAAGACUCAUGCAUCAUGGAAGGACGUUAAGGUGACUGACAGAGGAAUGAUCUGGAAUACAGAUUUGACUGAAGGUUUGGAAUUGAGAAAUAUGCUCACAUGUGCUACACAAACUGUACACAGUGCUGCAGCCAGAAAAGAGAGCAGAGGUGCUCACGCCAGAAUGGAUUACGAAGAACGUGAUGACAAGAACUGGAUGAAGCACACACUCUCGUGGCAACAAGGACAAAAUGACAAUGUUAAGCUCGGAUACAGAGAUGUUGUGAACACAACUCUUGACGAGAACGAAUGCAAGGCUGUUCCACCCUUUAAGCGUUCUUACUAA